AUGCAGCCUCUCUUCCCCCCCUCCCGCUCUCUUCUUCUUUUCUCUUCUUCUUCAACUCGCCAUUUGACACAUCUCGCAGCUGGUCCUGCCUUUACAUCCAAUUCACCCUCAUUCACUUUUCUCCUCCUCAGGUCUCCUCCCUCCCUUGUAACCACACGCGGCUUCGCAAGCAGGAAAGGGAAGAUGGCGCCAAAAAAGCCCGUCAAGAAGGAGAAGGUCCUUCUAGGACGACCUGGUAACAGCUUGAAGAGUGGUAUUGUUGGCCUGGCUAACGUUGGAAAAUCUACUCUCUUCCAAGCCAUCACCAAAUCUACAUUGGGAAACCCUGCCAACUUUCCCUUUGCCACAAUUGACCCUGAACAAGCCCGUGUUAUUGUCCCAGAUGAACGAUAUGACUGGCUAUGCAAGCACUAUAAGCCCAAGUCUGAAGUGCCGGCUAACCUGACAGUUUAUGAUAUUGCUGGUCUUACCCGGGGAGCCUCAACAGGAGCCGGACUGGGUAACGCCUUUUUAUCUCAUAUUCGCGCUGUCGAUGCCAUCUUCCAGGUUGUACGAUGUUUUGAUGAUGCUGAGAUUGUCCACGUUGAAGGUGAUGUUGACCCCGUCCGGGAUCUAAACAUCAUCAGCGAGGAACUUCGCAUUAAAGAUAUCGAGUUCGUCGAGAAGUCUCUGGAGGCCUUGUCCAAGCUCACAAGACGAGGCGGCCAGUCUCUUGAGAUGAAAAAACUCAAAGAGGAAGAAGAGAUCGUUGGCAGAGUGCUUGCUUUCCUCAAAGAGGGCAAUGACAUCAGGAAGGGUGACUGGGGCCCCAAGGAGGUCGAUGUGAUUAACCCACUCUUUUUAUUGACCGCCAAGCCUGUGGUUUACCUCGUCAACCUCAGCGAAAAGGAUUAUAUCCGCCAGAAGAAUAAAUAUAUUCCCAAGGUUGCUGAAUGGAUUAAAACUAACUCACCGGGUGAUCCAAUCAUCCCUCUUUCAGUUUCAUUUGAGGAGCGUCUAACGCAAUUCGGCGAUGAUGCCGCUGCUGCUGAAGAAUGUACAAAAUUAGGCACAAGAUCCGCCUUGCCAAAGAUCAUUGUGACCAUGCGCCAGAGUCUUAAUUUGGGCAGCUUUUUCACCACAGGCACGGAUGAAGUCCGACAGUGGACUAUCCGUAAGGGCACAAAAGCUCCCCAGGCCGCUGGUGUUAUUCACACAGAUUUUGAAAAGACAUUUAUCCAGUGUCUUGUUUUUAACUUCGAAGUACUAAAAGAGUGUGGAGAUGAAGCUGCCGUCAGGGCAGCUGGUAAAGUACUUACCAAGGGCAAAGAUUAUGUUCUCGAGGAUGGAGAUAUCGUCCUGAUUAAAGCCGGUGCGGCCAAGGCAUAG